ACCCGGCACGGCGAGAGUCAGGUCGCGGGUUCCAACCAAGCGGCCCGCGUACGAGCCUCCGACCCGGAUUUCUGAAGGGAGGGUUGGACUGCGCUACGUUCUGAGGGGUCCGGAAGUUCGGACAUGGUGACUGAAGGAGGGUGACGUGGUCAGAUAAGGGGCGGGGGGCAAAGGGAAGCGGCCAAGAGCGCCAGCGUCGCCAGUGGAGCCGGGAGGCGCGUGCAGCGCCAGCGGAGGAGGAUCCCGGAGCCCAAGACAGGUCCUGUCAUGGAGCUGCGCUCGGAGCUGCCCAGCGUGCCCGGCGCGGCGACGGCGGCGGCGGCAACAGCGACGGGGCCGCCUGUGGCGUCAGUGGCGUCGGUGGCGGCAGCCGCGGCGGCCGCCGCAUCGCUACCGGUAAGCGUGGCAGGCGGCUUGCUGCGGGGGCCGCCACUGUUGCUGCGGGCAGCCGAGAAGUACCCGCGGACCCCCAAGUGCGCGCGCUGUCGCAACCAUGGCGUGGUGUCGGCACUCAAGGGCCACAAACGCUACUGUCGCUGGAAGGACUGCCUCUGCGCCAAGUGCACGCUCAUCGCGGAGCGCCAGCGUGUCAUGGCGGCGCAGGUGGCGCUGCGCAGGCAGCAGGCGCAGGAGGAGAACGAGGCGCGCGAGCUGCAGCUGCUCUACGGCACUGCCGAGGGGCUGGCGCUGGCCGCCGCCAACGGCAUCAUCCCCCCGAGGCCCGCCUACGAGGUCUUCGGUUCAGUGUGCGCCGCCGACGGCGGGGGACCUGGAGCGGGAGCGCCCGCGGGGACCGGAGGCGGAGCAGCUGGCGCAGGGGGCUCAGAGGCCAAGUUGCAGAAGUUUGACCUGUUUCCUAAGACGCUGCUUCAGGCAGGCCGCCCGGGCAGCCCGCCGCAGCCGCCAGUGAAGCCCUUAUCACCCGACGGCGCAGACUCGGGGCCCGGGACGUCGUCCCCGGAGGUGCGGCCCGGCUCAGGCUCGGAGAACGGCGAUGGCGAGUCCUUUUCGGGUUCGCCCCUAGCUCGGGCCUCCAAAGAGGCAGGUGGCAGCUGCCCAGGCAGCGCUGGCCCUGGCGGCGGCGGCGGCGGCGGCGAGGAGGACAGCCCGGGCUCCGCUAGCCCUCUGGGCUCUGAAUCCGGUUCAGAGGCUGACAAAGAAGAGGGUGAGGCCGCGCCGGCGCCAGGGCUGGGCGGAGGCUCGGGUCCACGGCAGCGGACGCCGCUGGACAUCUUGACACGCGUGUUCCCAGGCCACCGGCGAGGCGUCCUGGAGCUGGUGUUGCAGGGCUGCGGCGGCGACGUGGUGCAGGCCAUCGAGCAGGUGCUGAACCACCACCGUGGGGGCCUGGCGGCCGGCCUGGGCCCUGCGGCGCCCCCGGAUAAGGCCGCCGUAGGUGCUGCAGCAGCCGCAGACGACGCGUGGCCCAGCCGCGUCGACGCCGCCGCCGCUGCCGGGGGGCCUGGGCUGCCUGCGCCGCUGCAGGCCGGGCCCGCCGCACCGCCGCACCACAGACCCUUGCUGGCUGGCGCCAUGGCGCCUGGGGCGCUGGGCUCGCUGAGCAGCCGCUCGGCCUUCUCGCCGCUGCAGCCCAAUGCCAGUCACUUCGGUGCGGACGCGGGCGCCUACCCGCUGGGCGCGCCGCUCGGCCUCAGCCCCCUGCGCCUGGCCUACUCCGCGGCGGCGGCGCACAGCCGCGGUCUGGCCUUCAUGGCGCCCUACUCCACCGCCGGCCUGGUGCCCACGCUCGGCUUCCGCCCGCCCAUGGACUACGCCUUCAGCGAUCUCAUGCGUGACCGCUCGGCCGCCGCUGCUGCGGCGGUGCACAAGGAGCCGACCUACGGCGGCGGCCUGUACGGGCCUAUGGUCAACGGCGCUCCGGAGAAGCAGUAG